AUGUACGGCUACCACCCAUACCGGCAGAGCCGGGCGCACGACAUGUCGGAACUCGGAGCCCUUCAGGAACGCUGGGACAUCUACUAUCGCCAGUUCCAUCUCCAUUCGUGCAUGCACCACGAGUGCAUUUGGACCGAUGGGAUGUGGUACUUUCCUGAGCCUGGCCGCCGUGCCACCACCCUUCACAUGUUCGCGCCGUCACGCUGGGGCCCGAUAAACGACUACCGCUACUACGAUUUCUACCUGCCCAGUGGUACCAUGAUUGAGCACAUGGCUUGGCGCUACAUCGGGAACGGCGACCCGAACAAGGACUGGCUCCAGGACUAUGUCGCAUACGACCUCAACAUGGUUACCGUCGAUAUGGUGGUCAUCGACCCGACUCCUCUCAGCAACUGA